AUGGCAGCAAGAUUAAUUGCAAAAAUUGUAUUUACAUCAGGAACUGUAUUGGUUCGUUCAAUUCAAAUGGCAUAUAAACAAGCACUUUUACAGGCAGAAUCAGGUAUGGGAGCAGCAGCAGGUAGUAUGGAUGUUAAAAGUAAAAUGUCACCAAUUGAAGCAAGAAAGAUUUUAGGUUUAGAAAAUGUAGAAACAGUCUCAAAAGAAGAUAUCGAUAAAAAAUAUAAUGAAUUGUUAACAAUUAAUGAUCCAAAAGAUGGUGGUUCAGAAUAUUUACAAAUUAAAAUUUCAGGUGCAAAACAUUGUCUACAUAGUGCACUAAAAGAAGGAAAAAAAAUAUAA